UUCAUAUCCAAGCAAAACACAAAAAACCCCACAAAGAAAUAAAUUUUUUAAAAUAAAUUUUAAUUUUCUUAUUUUUGCAGUUAAAAACACAAAUCCAACUAAAUUUCUCCUAAAACGCCUCCCAAUUAAUUUAAAAAAAUUAAAUAAACUUGAAUUCAACAAAAUAAUGUCCCCACCACUUCUCUCCAACAUUUUGGGGUCUAAACGAAGAGGAAAAUCUUUUGGAAGUAAUAUGCUUACAACAGAAACAAUGCUAACACCUUAUGAAUUGGAGCAAUUACCUUUAAUGUUAAAAGAGCUAGAGAGGGCUAAUCGCCAUUUUUGGCAAAUGGUCUGUUGGAGAUUGGCACAGAAGAAAAAUGGGAAGGAAAAGCAACAACAAUUGAAUGUUAAGAAAUUACAAAGAGGAGAGACGUUGAUGGCUACACCUCCUGAAAGGAGAAGAAUGCUGGCUAAUAAAGGAAAAGACGACUCUUUUGCCGAUGGGUGUGCUCUACGUGAAGUAACUCGACAACUAAUCCAAACCCUAUGCUCAGAAGGGGGAUACAUCGACACAGACACAGACCAACUUUUGGUAGACUACAAGAGAAGAUUAAUGUUGGACGACGAAGAAUGCACUCCACCACCAAAAGCGUCUCCUAAAGGGAUCGAAAAGCGUCGAGGAGAGUUUGCACUUAAAGGAAGGGCUAUCUCCUUCCACGAAAAAUUGGAAAAUGUUAAAAAUAUUGGAAAUGAAGAGAAUAAUAAUGGAAAGACUGGAAGCAUUUCUAGUGGAAGUAGUAGUGGAUACUCUUCUGAAGAAUUUGUUGCUGCUACUACUACAACUACUACACAUGCAAGUAUUGUAGCGGCGAGACAUAGAGCAACUAGCUGGUUGAGACAAAGAGCUAAUUCGGUGAGAGCUAUUUGA